AUGACCACCAUCGUUCCAACAACAAUCACUCCUACUCCUACAACCACCAUCGUUCCAACAACAACCACGCCUACUCCAACAACCACCAUCGUGCUAUCAAUGACCACAUCUAUUCCGACAACCCCCAUUGUUCCAACAACAACCACACCGACACCUACAACCAUCAUCAUUCUGACAACAGCAACACCUAAUCCGACAACCACAAUCAUUCCAACAACAAUCACACCUACUCCAGCAACAACUGUUGCGACAACCACCAUCGUUCCAACAACAACCACCACACCUUCUCCAACAACCAUCAUUCCGACAACAACCACUACACCUAUUCCGACAACUACCAUCGUUCCAACAACAGCCACACCGACACCCACAACAACCAUAGUUCCAACAACAACCACCACAUCUACUCCGACAACAAUUGUUGAGACAACCACCAUUGUUCCAACAACAACCACACCUAGUCCAACAACCACCAUAGUUGCAACAACAACUGCACCAACAACAACCAUCAAUCCAACAACAACCACACCGACACCCACGACGACCAUCGUUCCACCAACAACCACCACACUGACUCCAACAACCACCAUCGUUCCAAAAACCACCACCACCAUCAUUUCAACAACAACCACCACACCAACUCCCAUGACCACCAUUGUUCCAACAACAAUCACUCCUACUCCUACAACCACCAUCGUUCCAACAACAACCAUGCCUACUCCAACAACCACCAUCAUGCCAUCAAUGAACACAUCUAUUCCGACAACCACCAUCGUUCCAACAACAACCACACAGACUCCGACAAUGACGAUUCCUGCAACAACCACCACACCUACUCCGACAACCACCAUCUCUGACAACCACCAUAGUUGCAACAACAACCGUACCGACAACCACCAUUGUUCCAACAACAACCAUCACUCCAACAUCAACCACACCGACACCCACAACUAUCAUCGUUACGACAACAACAGCCACCAUCGUUCCAACAACCACAAUCACCAUCAUUCCGACAACAACACCUACUCCAACAACUGUUGCAAGAACCGCCAUCGUUCCAACAACAACCACACCGACACCCACAACCACCAUCGUUCCAACAACAACCACACCAACACCCGCAAACACCAUUGUUCCAACAACAACAACCACACCUACUCCGACAACAACUGUUGCAACAACGACAAUCGUUCCGACAACAACCACACUGACACCCACAACCGCCAUCGUUCCGACAACCACCACACCAACACCCAAAACCGCCAUCAUUCUGACAACCACCACACCUACUCCAACAACCACCAUCGUUCCAAAAACCACCACCACGACACCCACCACCACCAUUUCAACAGUAACCACCACACCAACUCCCAUGACCACCAUCGUUCCACCAACAACCACACCUACUCCUACAACCACCAUCAUUCCAACAACAACCACACCUACUCCAACAACCACCAUCGUGCCAUCAAUGACCACAUCUACUCCGACAAUCACCAUCGUUCCAACAACAACCACACAGACUCCGACAACCACCAUCAUUCCAACAACAACCACACAGACUCUGACAACGACGAUUGCUGCAACAGCCACCACGCCCACUCCAACAAUCACUAUCAGUCCAACAACCACACCUACUCCAACAACUGUUGCAAGAACCGCCAUCCUACUCUAACAACAACUGUUGCGACAACCACCAUCGUUCUAAUAACCACCACACCUUCAACAACCACCAUCAUUCCGACAACAAUCACCACACCUACUCCGACAACCACCCUUUCCAACAACCACCAUCGUUGCAACAACAACUGCACCAACAACCACCAUCCUUCCAACAACAACCACUACACCUACUCCGACAACCAUCAUCGUUCCGACAACAACAACACAGACACCCACAACCACCAUCGUUCCAACAACAAUAACAAGCACACCUACUCCAACAACCACCAUCAUUCCAACAACAACCGCACCUACUCCAACAACCAUCAUCAUUCCAACAACGAUCACACCGACAACCACCAUUGUUCCUGCAACAACAACCACACCUAA